AUGUCCUGCCAGCAAAAUCAGCAGCAAUGUCAGGCCCCUCCCAAGUGCCCCUCACCCAAGUGCCCCCCGAAGAAGAAUCCUGCACAGUGCUUGCCCCCAGUCACCUCUGGCUGUGUUCCAAGCUCCGGGAGCUGCCAUGGUCCCAGCUCUGAGGCUGGAUGCUGCCUGAGCCACCACAGGCGCCAUAGGUCCCACCGAUGCCGGCGCCGGAGCUCCAGCUGCAGUGACGAUGGCAGUGGUCAACAGUCUGGAAGCUCUGGCUGUGGUCACAGCUCUGGAGGAUGUUGCUGA